AGUGUGUUGACAGAAAGAAUGUUCACGCAUCUUCGGAAAUGGUUUGUCACUCGCUUUUUUGGGCGUUCUCGGCGGAGAGCGAGGCUGGUCUCCAAAGAUGGAAGGUGCAACAUUGAAUUUGGCAACGUGGAGGCACAGUCGAGGCUGAUAUUCUUUGUGGACAUAUGGACGACUGUGCUGGACCUCAAGUGGAGAUACAAAAUGACCAUCUUCAUUACAGCCUUCUUGGGCAGCUGGUUCUUCUUUGGCCUCCUGUGGUACGUGGUCGCCUACAUCCACAAAGACCUCCCUGAGUUCCAUCCCCCUGCCAACCACACCCCUUGUGUGGAACACAUUAAUGGCUUGACCUCAGCUUUUCUGUUUUCUCUGGAAACGCAAGUGACCAUUGGCUAUGGGUUCAGGUGUGUGACAGAACAGUGUGGCACUGCCAUUUUUCUGCUCAUCUUCCAGUCUAUACUCGGAGUCAUCAUCAAUUCUUUCAUGUGUGGUGCUAUUUUAGCCAAGAUCUCCAGACCCAAAAAACGUGCCAAGACCAUUACUUUCAGCAAGAAUGCAGUGAUCAGCAAGCGGGGUGGGAAGCUUUGUCUCCUGAUCCGAGUGGCUAAUCUUCGGAAGAGCCUCCUCAUUGGCAGUCACAUAUACGGAAAGCUUCUGAGGACCACCAUCACUCCUGAAGGAGAGACCAUCAUUUUGGACCAGAUCAAUAUCAACUUUGUGGUUGACGCAGGGAAUGAAAACUUAUUCUUCAUCUCCCCACUGACGAUUUACCAUGUCAUUGAUCACACCAGCCCCUUCUUCCACAUGGCAGCAGAAACCCUUCCCCAGCAGGACUUUGAACUAGUGGUGUUUUUAGAUGGGACGGUGGAGUCAACCAGUGCCACCUGCCAAGUCCGGACAUCUUACAUCCCAGAAGAGGUGCUCUGGGGUUACCGUUUUGCUCCCAUAGUGUCCAAGACCAAGGAAGGGAAAUACCGAGUGGACUUCAAUAACUUUAGCAAGACUGUGGAAGUGGAGACACCUCACUGUGCCAUGUGCCUUUAUAAUGAGAAAGACGCUCGAGCCAAGAUGAAAAGAGGCUACGACAACCCCAACUUCGUCUUGUCGGAAGUCAAUGAAACAGACGACACCAAAAUGUAA